CAUCUUCUUUGGCUUGCCAUCCAUGCAAUGGAAACCCUACUAUCACUGCUCGUAAGCUGAUUAGCUUCUUAUUUUCUUUUAUUGCCUAUUAUCUCUGGUGCUUAAACAGCCUAGCACAAUGAGAAAUCUGGCCAAACCCAUUUACUUACCAAGGAUCAUUCCCUAAGCACAAAGGGCACCUGGGUGUGCGUGGCGGUGCGGGCAAAAGGACUCAAGUUCCAGGAUGCCUGGUCUACCUGCGAGUAUCGACCUCGACGAAUGUAUCGCCCAAUUGUACAAGAAAAACCUACUAGCGGAGUCAUUAAUCGAAGCAAUAUGCGCCAAAGCAAAGGAGAUGCUCAUGAAAGAGAGCAAUGUUGUCCACAUAUCCGCACCUGUGACAGUUGUCGGCGACAUACACGGUCAAUUCUUUGACAUGCUGGAAAUAUUCAAGAUUGGAGGCUUUUGUCCAGAUACAAACUAUUUAUUUCUCGGUGAUUAUGUCGAUCGUGGGCUAUUCAGCGUCGAAACCAUUUCCCUCCUUGUUUGCUUGAAAUUACGAUACCCUCAGCGCGUUCAUCUCAUCCGCGGCAAUCACGAAUCCCGUGGCGUCACGCAGUCCUACGGCUUCUACACCGAGUGCGCUAGAAAAUAUGGCAAUGCAAAUGUCUGGCACUACUUUACCGACAUGUUUGACUUUCUCACUUUGAGCGUGGUGAUCAAUGAUCAGAUCUUUUGCGUCCACGGCGGCCUUUCUCCUUCGAUUCAUUCCAUCGACCAAAUCAAGAUCAUUGACAGAUAUCGAGAAAUACCACAUGAAGGCCCUAUGGCAGACUUGGUCUGGUCGGAUCCGGAUCCAGAACGUGAUGAAUUCUCUCUAUCUCCUCGGGGCGCAGGAUAUACCUUCGGUGGAGAUGUUGUCAAAAAAUUCCUCCAAGUUAACAGCAUGUCUCAUAUUCUACGAGCUCAUCAACUUUGUCAGGAGGGCUACCAGAUACUUUACGAUGAUCGACUAAGCACGGUCUGGAGUGCACCCAACUACUGCUACCGAUGUGGAAAUUUAGCCAGUGUGCUUGAAGUCAGCGAUACGGGGGAUCGCUACUUCAAUAUAUUUGAGGCUGCACCGGAGAACGAUGUGCAUCGAAAUGAACAGCAACAACAACAGCAGCAACAGAAUCAAGGAAAAGACGGUCAAGGAUCUCAUAUUGAGUACUUUCUUUGAUCGCUGCUCGACUCAUGGCUCGAAAACGCUUUAUCAGGCUCUUCGUGGCAGAAAUGCAUGUUGUUUCAUCAAAACGACCCUGAAUCUCAGCAGAGCUUGCGUGGACAUGGUACUUCAAAGCUCGCACAUAUUCAAUGAAGCCUAUUGGUCGUCGGUAUCCUUCCAUGGAGCUCAAGCUUCUCAUUUCCAAUCCUUUCCAAUCUCGAACGACCAUUCAAAUUUCAGAUGCGUUGUAUCAUCGUCAUCAACGAAGCGAGAUACAGCGUCGUAAUGACCACGCGCCAGCAUACCAGAUGGAGCUUCUUCCUUAGAGAAUUUCUUUUCGUAUGUUGGCUUGCCAGUUGUGUUGGGAGGAAAGCUGCCGAUCAUUUCUUGGUCCUUGCUUACUCGAAUGCCUUUGCGCUUUGUGAGUUGAAUGUACUUCAGACCUGAAAGAACCUGAUGUUGGACAACGAAAGUGGCCUUCAUCUGAUACUCGCAUCCUUCUUUGAUAGUGAAUGGUUUGUCCUUCAGACUCUCGAGAGCUCCGGGCUGAGACAGAUCUAUUGUAAUAUCGGGCCGUCCUGUAACUUCCUGAUGCAGCAUUAGAAAAUGAUGGGGAAAGAUCGGACCUUCUUACCAGAGCAAGGGACUUGAUGAUACAUAGACGAGGGUCGUUGGGAUCAGAGAUUGAGUCGCCGGUUGCAAGGCCAAGAGAGGCCUUCCAACGGUUCAUUGCUUCAUCUUCUUGAUCUAAACACCGCUAGAGUUAGCCAUUUGUGACAAGACAGGACUUGAAUGAGGAGCAUGGCACAGGAGCUCAAAUAGGCUCAGAUGAGACUUCA